AUGGCGUCUCGUGAGGAUGCCAAUCAGCGAUGGUUCAUCAGAGGAGUGACCCGCGAUCCUGACAACCACUACAAAUCCAAGUUCCGUGUCGGAGGGCCUGCGUUUGUACCAUCCAACAAAUCCAAGACAUUUCACUUCUUUUCCAGACUCCCACCCGAGCUCCGCAACCGCAUCUGGAAGUACGCCUUACCAGCUGGUCGCCUAGUUCGAAUCUUCUACACCGAGAUCCAUUAUCCUUCAGGCACAUACUCGAAUGAUGACCUCGGCCUGACGACUUUCACUUCCAAUGCGCCUAUUCCCGCGAUGCUUCAUGCGUGUGCAGAAUCCCGUCAGGUUGCUUCGAAAGUGUACAAGCUACGUCUCGGCACAGCUCAGAGCCCUGCAACAAUAUACCUCGACUUAUCAGUCGACACUCUGUAUUUUGGUAGCUUCACCGACAAGAAGCGGAUAUUCAUUGCUCGUACACUGGUAAACACUUUCGCGGAAGAGGAUUUCCAGCAGAUCCGUCACAUCGCUGUCCAGUACAAAACCUUCUGGCGGUACUUCUGCAACAACAUGCAUGGCAUUGCAGAUUUUGUGGGCAUCAAGACCCUGCAGCUGGUACUAGAGAGAAACUCGAAGUCUGAGACCAAUGACAUGAUAUUGGUUCACCCGGACUGGACACCAGAACCCCAUUGGGCAAGGUACGGAGAGGAGGAUAAUAACAGUUUCAGUGCCACCCAAUUGGCAGACUUGGAGGUCGGAGCGACCUAUGAGUAUGACUCGGACUGGAAGAGAGCUUCGUGGGAGGCGGAUGAGAUUCUUUAUGAGAUUUGUGAUGAUUGUCCUGCUUUGAAGCCAUUGCUGCCCGAUAUCAAGAUCAUGCUUGCAUUGAAGAAGGUGGACGGUUGA